AUGUCGCCCGAGGAGGGCGGCGACACUGAGGCUUCUCCUGUGCCCGGGUCGAUGCAGACCCUGGACAAGGAAGUCGCGCAGCACAAGGCUCCGUCCGGCUUGCCUUUGAACCUCCGAGACCAAACAGAGCUCCAGGAGCUCUGUCACCUGAACUUGCACCAAAAACUGGGCAUGUUCCAGCAGAAUCGGCAGCUGCGCUGGGAGGUCGGGAUCCUGAGGCAGCAAGGCCGCGCCAUGCGGCGAUACUGCCAGACAUCGCGCCGGGGCUUGCAGGAGAAAGCAGAGGAGCUGCGGCGAGUUCAGGUGGAGUUAGAGAUCAGCAAGAAGCAGGCCGAGCAGAGUGCGCAACUUCAGGAUGAGCAACUGGCUGACUUGCAGGAUCGCGAGGCCAAGUUGGCAGAGCUCCAGGUGGAGAAUGGCUGCUUGAAGAAAGCGGAAGAAGCCCUUAAGAGAGAGGCACAGAGCCUCGAGGUGAGCUUGCGCAAGGAGAUCGCGGUCUUGAAGGAAGCAGGUGAGUUUCAGCAGAAAGUGUCCAAGGACCUUCGAAAGUUGCUUGGGGAGCGAGAAGAUGCCAUUGAGAAGCUGGAACAGCUUCAGCAGCACUACUUGCAGCAGAUUGACGAUGCGCAGGGCCGGAACGCGGAGUCUGAACAGCGAUGUGAGGAACUUCAGAGGGAGUGUAAGGAAGCACAGCAGGCCCGGCGGUGGCUUGAGCAACAUGUGGCCGAGCUGCAGCAACAACUCGCAAGCCUUCGAGCAACUUGGGACACAAGCAUGGCAGCUGCGAGGGAGAAGCUCGCCCUUACAGCCGCAGAGAAUGCUGAGAAGUUUGGGCGCGUCGCAGCAGAUCAAGCCGAGAGGCUGGGGCACGCUGCAGCAGAUCAAGCCGAGAGGCUGGGGCGGGCGGCUGCAGAGCAAGCCGAGCAGCUAGGACGUGCAGCCGCCGAGCAAGCCAACAAGUUCAGCUUUGUUGCCAUCGAGCAGGGUGAGAAGAUCGGACGUGCGGUGGCAGAGCAGGCGAGCAUGCAAUCGCGGCUGCAGUCUCUCGAGCAGCGUCUGGGCGAAGCCUUGCAGGAGCUCCACGUGGCAUCCGCCAGGGCCCACAAAGCGGAGGAGGGCCAUGCGAAGGUGCAGUCUGAACUCCGUGACACGCGCCUGGCCGCCACCAGCCAGCUGGAGUCAGCCAAGCGCCAAGCCGAAGCUGAUUGCCGUAGGCUCACACGCCAGGCGAAAGCCUGGCAGGCAAGGGCUCAGGACGAAGAAGCGCGCGCAGCGCAGCUUCUCAGAGCUGAGGAGGACUUCCGCCGGCAGCAGGCGGCUGCGUUUGACCUGGAACGCUUGGAGUUGGAGUCCCAGGUGCAGCGGCUGCGGCGCGAGGUGGCAUCUAUCCGUUCCAGGGUGCAUCAUGGAGUGCGGGCAAUCGUCACAUCCCCUGAGUUCGUCGUCCAGACUGCGCUCUAA